CAGUUAGAAACAGGAAAUGCAGUGCAUAGGUCAAACAUGACAAGAUUGUCAAUGAGUUUUAAAUUAAAGUCAGAUAUCCUGGAAAAAGUAGCUGAAGAGAUGUUUAAGUACAAAGCCUACCCAACAGAUGCUGACUUCAGUGACGUGGCCCAAGCAUUAAUCAAGAAGCACCCAUGCAUCUCUGAGACUGGUUCGUUCAACGGUUGCUAUGGGUGGAAGCAGCACCUGAAAACUAAAAUGGGCAACUACCGUACUCAGCUGAAGGGCAUCGGGUGUUCUGAACUGCUUGUAAAUUCAUUCAAAUCCAAAGCCCCAGGAGAUGCAUUGCCAGCAAAGAAUGUCAAGAAACCUAUAAGAGGAGAGGCCAACCACAUUCCUGACAUUCCUACUGGAGAGACCUCAGACAAAUUGGAAAAUGAGAGACUGUCACUUUUAAGUGAGGUGAAGAAGAGAAACAAUCGUACAGUGAUAAAGUCGAAAAUGGACAAGACUUUUUCAGUGCGAAGACAAGAAAUUGUGGAAAAGGAAUUGGGAAUGGAAGAGUUGAAAGAGAGAUGGCCUGCAUUGUUCUCAGUGGAUGAGAUCAAUGCUGAAUUUACAAGAAUUACAACUGUGCCACUUCAACCGCGCUUCCUCGCUGCCUUGGACAAGCACUACGGCAGACUGAUGGAGAUCAUCAAAAAAAAGGGAGGAGUUAUCGGAGAGAAAACCCGGAACAUACUGAAAGUUCUUGAUCACAGCCUUGAGGUGAAUCUAAAAAGAGUGUGUCUGCUUAAGUGCCUGAUUGUGUACCUUGGGGAAGAUGGGGACAACCUUAUCAAGGACUAUCUGGUUGUUCAGAAGGAUGAAGCUUGGUCCCAGCUUCAGAAGUGCGAAAUGGCAGUGUUUGUCUUCAGGGAGGAGAAGGAUUGCCUCUAG